AAGGGAGGGAGACGGACGGCGGCCCAACGUCCUUAUUUUCUCCGACUUUCUCUUCUCUCGUCUCUCUUGUCACCCAGGAUGAACUAUUCAAGAUUUUUGACAAAAUUAUCUCAGAACCGACAACCCUCUUUGAUACGUGAAUUAACAAACUUGCUUACCGAUGCAUCACCGGAAUUGGUCUUCAUGGCAGGGGGAUUGCCAAACCCUCAGAUGUUCCCGUUCCAGGCUGCUUCUGUAACCAUGAGGGACGGCCGAGCUAUUACAAUUCAUCCGAAGCUUAUGACGGACUGUUUGCAGUACGGCCCAACAGCUGGGUACCCACCAUUGGUUAAAAAGCUGAAGUCCUUAACAGAAAGACUCCACGCACCACCACGAUGGGCUGAUAGUGACCUCAUUGUAACGGCAGGGAGCCAGGAUGGUUUGUGUAAGGCACUGGAAAUGAUGAUUGAGCCAGGGGAUUUUGUCGUGACCCAAGAACCAUGCUACACUGGUACUCUGUCGAUUCUAAACCCCUUUGAACCACGUUAUGUAGCAGUGCAGUGUGAUCAUGAAGGCAUGAAUCCUAAAGCCUUAAAAGAAGCCUUGUCCCAGUGGAAACCAGAAGAAAUUAGAGAUGUAAAGACAGGUGUUCCAAAAGUACUGUACAUCAACCCAAAUGCUUGCAACCCAACUGGAGUAUCUGUAGGCGAGAAACGGCGGAGGGAAAUAUAUGACAUUGCCUCAGAAUACAAUCUUAUUAUUCUUGAAGAUGAUCCAUACUACUUUGUGCAGUUUGGAGACAUAAAGGACUUCCCUCCUAGUUUCCUCAGUAUGGAUACAGAAGGGAGAGUUAUAAGGUUUGAUUCCUUCUCCAAAGUUCUAAGCUCAGGACUUCGACUGGGCUUUGUAACCGGGCCUAAACCACUUGUGGAGAGGAUUGUCUUACACAAGCAAGUCUCGAUUCUACAUGCAUCUUCCAUGUCGCAGGUACUGAUCAGUGAGCUGCUUGAGAUGUGGGGAGAGGAUGGAUUCCUGAAGCACACAGAAGCAGUUCAGGAGUUUUACUUGAAGCAGAGAGAAGCCAUGUUAGAAGCAGCAGAAAAACACCUUACAGGUCUAUGUGAAUGGGCUGUUCCAACAGGUGGCAUGUUCCUCUGGCUCAAGGUCCCUGGUGUGAGUGAAACAUGGGAAAUGAUCCUGAAUAGAGCUUUGAAAAAGGAUGUUAUUCUUGUACCUGGCAGGGCAUUCAUGUGUGACCCUACCAAACCUUGUUCAUAUAUGAGAGCUGCAUUUUCCAUUGUCACUCCAGAGAAGAUGGAUAAGGGUUUACAGAAUUUGGCUGACUUGAUACGAGAAGAAAUUGAACUUCAAAAAGCUUAAGUGAAAGAUUUCCAGCUUACAUUUGCUUCAAGACCAAGUUGAACUUUUAUUCAGAAGAUAAAGUUUUCUCAUACAAUGAAUACAAUUUUUGCUUUGUCAUACAUUGAGAUUCAUGUCUUGUAAAUAAGGGACUAAAGGAAAUUUCUGCCAGUAUCUCCUACAUAUCCCAUUCUCGAUGUUGAUUCUUGUAUGAAAUAUGUAACCAGUAAAAUAAGUAUUAGGCAUUUCUUUGUGAAUGUUGCAAAUUGAUACUUAUUUAUAAACAUCUUCACUAAAUCUCUUAUUACAUUACUAAUGUCCAAGUGCUAAGUGUGGUUCUUAACAUCUCAUUUGGUGUUGCUAUAGAAUAUCAUAUCCUUGCAUAAAUUUUAAAAUUAAGGUUAUCAAAAUAUGUUGUUUUUUUAUAUAUUUUUGGACAUUCGUCUUGUUACAAUGGUAGAAAUGAAGUAAUGAAGAACAAGGAGAAAAGUAGUAGUAGUAGUAGUAAUAGUAGUAGUAGUAGCAGUAGUAGUAGUUGUAGUUGUAGUUGUUGUAGUAGUAAUAGUAAUAGUAAGAGAAGAGUAGGAGAAUAAGAACACGAACAAGGAAGUAGACAAACAAGAAGUAUACAUCAUUGUCAGUGACAAAAUUAAUAUGGUAUUGACAAAGAUGAAGUAAAUAUCAAUUUGAACACGGAAUCUCCUCUACUUUUAGAAUGGGAAUCUACCAGUGACUCUUGAACAUAAUAGCUUUGAGAUUUCUUAAAAGUGAUUAUGGUUUCAGAAAUUAUAUAUAUUCAUAAAGGUUACUUAUUUAUGCUAUACACUCUUCAUAAGCAAGUAGACUUUUCAAGAAUUGACUCUUUUUUUGUCAAUUCAGCCACUGUUUGUUUUAAAUUGUAUUUUUUAUACAUUAAUAAGUGUUGAUCAUUGUAUAUUUAGCUUUUCAGGUGCUAUGAACUAGGUAUUAUUUUCUGUUGCACUGAUGUAAUUAUUUUUUUCUUUCUGUUUUUUUUAUGUGGAGCCAUAUAUAUUUAUUGUUUUAAAAGUCAGUGUCAACAACUUGUAAUUAAGUGGAUGUCUGAAGAGAAAGGAAAAGGAAGUGUUGAUAGUCUAGGUUGAAUUACCAGGUUAAAGAUAUAUUUUAAUGUGCCACAUGAAGAAACAUUUCAUUCUAUUUAUAGUUUUAAAAUUGAGUUGAGUUUUUCUUGUCAACACUGUUUGUCCAGCAUUGUGAAAUAUUUUACUAAAAUUUCCUUAAGUAAUUAGAUGAAAAACAUGCAUAAACAUGGGUUGUUGUUUUUCAUAAAUAAGUAGAGCUUUUGUGCUUUUCUCUAGAAGCACUUUGUGUAUUGAUAAAUUUUUGUGCACUUAUUAUCUUCACUGAUUUAUCUCUUUCUAGUCUUUUGUGCUCAAGGCAGGUUAACUAUUGUCUGUACAUCUUCUGUUAUCAGCUGUUACCAUUUCAAAAAUUAUAUUUCAUGUAUAUGGAUUUGAACGAAAGUCUCUGGAAAAAUGUUGGAUUCACUGUAGUUUUGUUUUGUGAAAUGUCUUUGCACACGUCUCUGCAAGUGCAUAGUCACAAAGGAGUCAAUUAGUAGAUCUUGUGACCUCACCUGAUUUCACCUUGCUUUGAGUUUGUGGGAUAUU